GAGGCCCGGGGCUCCGUCGCGGCCUAGCUGCUGCGGGGAGGAGGCGGGGAGGCCUUGCCGUUACCGUCGUCGCCCCCGCCGCCGGCCUUUUGUCUCCGCUGGGCUGGGUGGACGCGGCGGGGGCAGUUAGAAUGGAACAGACUGAAGGCCCUAUGAGAAGAAGGGAAAGCUAAGGAUGCUGGAGCAGAACAAUGGAUUUCUCUUUCUCUUUCAUGCAAGGGAUCAUGGGAAACACAAUUCAGCAACCACCUCAGCUCAUUGACUCAGCCAACAUCCGCCAGGAGGAUGCCUUCGAUGCCAGCAGUGACAUUGCUGAAGAUGGGGGACAGACGCCCUACGAGGCUGCCCUGCAGCAAGGCUUCCAGUACCCCACGCCCACCACGGAGGACCUGCCCCCCAUCGCCAACGGCUACCCCCCCGCCAUCACCAUGUACGAACCUCAAGCCAAAUUCCAGACGUACUCCCAGUACCCCAACGGCUCGGCCAACGGCUUUGGGACCGGCAGGAACUUUACCCCCCCGGAGUAUUACCCCAUGGAGAACUCUAACCCACGGCCACACGACGUUCUGGAAAAACCUUCCCCCCCCCAGCCGCCGCCUCCGCCACCCCCUUCAGUCUCACAGACGGGGGUUCCAAAGAAGACUGGCUCACCAGAGAUCAAACUAAAAAUAACCAAAACUAUCCAGAACGGCAGGGAAUUGUUUGAGUCCUCUCUGUGUGGGGACCUUUUAAAUGAAGUACAAGCGAGUGAGUAUGCUAAGGCGAAACAUGAAGGGAGGAAAGAGAAAAGGAAAAAAAGUAGCAAGCAUGACUCUUCCCGAUCGGAAGAGCGCAAGUCGCACAAAAUUCCAAAAUUAGAACCAGAGGAACAAAAUAGACCAAACGAGAGGCUCAGUGUGCCAUCAGACAGACCAAGAGACGAUACGGCCUUGGAGGAAGCCCCGGUCCAGCAGUUCUUGCCUUCCCUUCCACCACAAGGCACCCACGACAUCAAGUUUCAGGUUGGCGACCUGGUUUGGUCCAAGGUGGGAACGUACCCGUGGUGGCCUUGCAUGGUCUCGUGUGAUCCACAGCUUGAUGUUCAUACCAAAAUUAAUACAAGAGGUGCCCGCGAGUACCACGUCCAGUUCUUCAGCAACCAGCCCGAGAGGGCCUGGGUGCACGAGAAGCGGGUUCGGGAGUACAAGGGACACAAACAGUACGAGCAGUUACUGGCUGAGGCUGCCAAACAGGCCAGCAACCACUCUGAGAAACAGAAGAUUCGCAAACCCAGGCCGCAGCGGGAGCGCGCUCAGUGGGACAUCGGUAUUGCCCACGCUGAGAAGGCACUGAAGAUGACUCGGGAGGAGAGGAUAGAGCAGUACACCUUCAUUUAUAUAGACAAAGAGCCCGAGGAGGUUCUGUCAAAAGCCAAAAAGACUGCUGCUUCCAAAUCGGACCCCAAGAAGAACCGGCGACCGAAGCCAGCUCCAAACACCCAGGCAGAGCACGCGCCGGCGGCAGCGUCACCCCCAAACGCUGAGCUGCGGCGGCAGAGCCAGCGGAGACAGUCCAGUGUGGAGGAGGAGGAGCCCCCUCCCGUGAAAAUCGCCUGGAAAACGGCUGCAGCCAGGAAAUCCUUGCCAGCUUCAAUAACCAUGCACAACUUGGAUCUUCAGAAAUGUAACAUGUCUCCAGUUGUUAAAAUUGAACAGGUUUUUGCCCUUCAGAAUGCUGCUGGGGAUGGAAAACUCAUCGAUCAGUUUGUUUAUUCCACUAAGGGAGUUGGUAAUAAAACAGAAGUAAGUGUCAAAGGACAAGAGAAACUCAAUUCUUCAUCAAAUCAGAGAAAUGAAAAGGCAGCGGUGCAGAACGCGUCCUCUCCUGAAACAACUUCUGGGUCAGCAGGUUCUGUAGAAAAGAAGCAACAGAGAAGAUCGAUUCGAACCCGCUCAGAGUCUGAGAAAUCCACUGAAGUUGUGCCAAAGAAGAAGAUCAAAAAGGAGCAGGUUGAAAUGGUUCCCCUGACAGCAGUGAAGACAGGAUUGCAGAAAGGUGCCAGCGAGAUUUCAGAUUCUUGUAAACCUUUGAAGAAGAGGAGCCGUGCCUCGACCGACGUGGAGCUGACGAGCUCCGCGUACAGAGACACGUCCGACUCCGACUCCAGGGGACUCAACGACUUACAGGGUAGUUUUGGGAAACGCUCGGACAGCCCCUCGGCUGCAGCUGAUGCUGAUGCCUCUGAUGUGCAGUCAGUAGAUUCCAGUUUGUCCAGGAGGGGAACUGGGACGAAUAAAAAAGACACCGUUUGUCAGAUCUGUGAGGGCUCUGGUGAGUCGCUGGUGUCCUGCGAGGGCGAGUGUUGCAGCGUCUUUCACCUGGAGUGUCUCGGCCUGAAGGCGAUGCCUGAGGAGAAGUUCAUCUGCGCCGAGUGUAAAAACGGAGAACACACGUGCUUUUCCUGCAAGCUUCCCGGGAAGGACGUGAAGCGCUGCUCCGUCAGCACCUGCGGAAAGUUCUACCACGAGGCCUGUGUCCGCAAGUUCGCCACCGCGCUCUUCGAGUCGCGCGGGUUCCGCUGCCCGCAGCACUGCUGCACCGCCUGCGCCAUGGACAAGGACAUCCACAAGGCCAGCAAAGGUCGCAUGGUGCGGUGUUUCCGGUGCCCCGUUGCCUAUCACUCAGGAGACGGCUGUAUCGCCGCGGGGAGCUUGUUUGUGUCAUCCCACAUUCUCAUCUGUAGUAACCAUUCCAAAAGGAAUCACUCCUCAUCAGCUGUAAAUGUAGGCUUUUGUUUCGUUUGUGCAAGAGGGCUGGUAGUGCAGGACCAUUCAGACCCCCUGUUCAGUUCAUAUGCCUAUAAGUCCCACUACCUUCUGAAUGAAUCAAAUCGUGCUGAGUUGAUGAAAUUACCUAUGAUUCCUCCUCCUUCGUCAGCUUCCAAAAAGAAAUGUGAGAAAGGUGGCAAACUGUUGUGCUGUGAGUCCUGCCCAGCUUCCUUCCACCCCGAGUGUCUCAACAUAGAAAUGCCCGAGGGCUGCUGGAAUUGCAAUGACUGUAAAGCUGGCAAGAAGCUGCGGUACAAGCAGAUCGUUUGGGUCAAGCUUGGAAAUUACAGGUGGUGGCCAGCAGAGAUCUGCAAUCCCAGGUCUGUGCCUCUCAACAUACAGGGCCUCAAACAUGAUAUCGGGGACUUCCCAGUAUUUUUCUUUGGUUCACAUGACUACUAUUGGGUACACCAGGGCAGAGUUUUCCCUUAUGUUGAAGGAGAUAAAAGCUUUGCUGAGGGGCAAACUAGUAUUAACAAGACCUUCAAGAAAGCACUUGAAGAAGCGGCAAAGCGCUUCCAGGAGCUGAAAGCACAAAGAGAAAGCAAAGAGGCAUUAGAAAUUGAAAGGAAUUCAAGGAAACCUCCACCGUAUAAACACAUUAAAUCCAACAAGGUGAUUGGGAAGGUGCAGAUCCAGGUGGCAGACCUGUCGGAGAUCCCCCGCUGUAACUGCAAGCCGUCGGACGAGAACCCCUGUGGGCUGGAGUCGGAGUGUCUCAACAGGAUGCUGCAGUACGAGUGUCACCCCCAGGUCUGCCCCGCGGGCGAGCGCUGCCAGAACCAGUGCUUCACCAAACGCCUCUACCCCGACGCCGAGAUCAUAAAAACCGACCGACGCGGCUGGGGCCUCAGGACCAAAAGGAGCAUUAAAAAGGGUGAAUUUGUGAAUGAGUACGUUGGGGAGCUGAUUGACGAGGAGGAGUGCCGGCUGCGCAUCAAACGCGCACACGAGAACAGCGUAACCAACUUUUAUAUGUUAACUGUAACCAAGGACCGGAUAAUAGACGCUGGCCCAAAGGGGAACUAUUCCCGUUUUAUGAACCAUAGUUGUAAUCCAAACUGUGAAACCCAGAAAUGGACAGUGAACGGGGACAUUAGAGUGGGACUGUUUGCUCUUUGUGACAUUCCUGCAGGAAUGGAGUUAACGUUUAAUUACAACCUGGAUUGUCUGGGCAAUGGCAGGACCGAGUGUCAUUGUGGGGCUGAGAACUGCAGCGGUUUCCUGGGAGUGCGGCCAAAGACAGCAUUUGCAACGGCAAAUGAGGAGAAGGUGAAGAAUGCCAAAUUAAAGCAGAAGAAACGGAAAAUAAAAACAGAGCAGAAGCAGAUGCACGAGGACAACUGUUUCCAGUGUGGAGACGGGGGAGAACUGGUCAUGUGUGACAAAAAGGACUGUCCCAAAGCGUACCACCUCCUAUGCCUUAACCUGACCCAACCACCCUUUGGAAAGUGGGAAUGUCCGUGGCACCAGUGUGAUGUGUGUAGCAGCCCCUCGGUCUCCUUCUGCGAGUUCUGCCCUCGCUCCUUCUGCCGGGAUCAUGAGAAGGGAGCGCUGGUGGCCUCGGCGCUGGACGGGCGUCUCUGCUGCUCCGCGCACGACCCCAAGGCUCCCGUGGCACCCGAGCACUGGAGCAAGAUCAAGUGCAAAUUGGAACCACAGAAUCCUGCAGAAGAAGCCAAGGAGUGAAUUUGGUUAAAAACAAGCAGGGGAGGGGAGCAGAGUGGGGCGAAGGGGCGAGGGACCUGAAGAGACUGCUCUGACACAUUCAGUCUUUGUCAUCGGAGCCGUGGCGCGGCAGCUGGGACCGGGACCAUGUGAUGGCAGUGAGCAGGAGCAGGCAGUGGUGGUUGGGCUUUCUUGGUUGGUCUUUCUUUUACCCUUGAAUGUGCUACAGCAGCUCUUACCGUCGGAAACCAGAAACGUCUUGGCCUUCAAAGCAAAACGUAGACCUUUUGACAGUGAAAAGAAUAUUCUGUUUAAAAUACGUUCUUUGAGUGUAGAAAGCAAAGCAUAGCAACAUAUUUAUUUAUUUAAUUUUUAAAGGGUGUUGAAGAUCUGGUUUUGAUCAGUCAACGUGUCUUUAAAAAGCAAAAUAGCAAAGCCAA